AUGGCCUCUCUCCGGUGCGCGAAUCCAGCAUCGAGUGCAGGACUGUUUGUCCAGCUCGCCAGACGCACGUCGACUUCCACCGCCACACCCGUACUCGACAUUCUAGCUCCGCGAUGGAGUCGACAGACCGCUCGCCUCGAGGCUGCGUACAGCACCACGACGCACCGCGCAUGGUGUGACAGACAUGCAGCAGCAAUACAUACAAUUACAAACUCUCGAGGCCGUGUUCUGAAGAAUAUCGGGCUGAGGAGAGCUUUUUCGCACCUCCCCGCACGACAAGCUACGGCCUGUGUCCAUAACCUUCAGGUGGACGAGGACGGAAAGGAGAUGCGCCUCGAAAUCACCGAUCGUGCUGGCAAGCGCCUGUCCCAAAUCAUGCAGAAGGAUAAGAACCCGGACCUCGCGCUACGCAUCCAGGUUGAGAGUGGUGGCUGCCACGGCUUCCAAUACCUCAUGAGCUUGGUCACCCUCCCGCCAGCAGAGGGAAGCGACGGACAUGUGUCGGCGGCAGUGGGCGAAGACGACAGUAUUUUUGAGUACGCUGAGGGGAAGGAAUACACAGCAACGUCACCGACGCCGGGAGCGCCUAAGAUUGUGCUUGACCAGCCAUCACUCGAUCUGCUCAAGGGCAGCAAGGUCGACUUUACGAUGGAGCUAAUUGGGUCGCAAUUCAAAAUUGCGGACAACCCCCUGGCGACAAGCAGCUGCGGAUCCGGCACGAGCUUUGAUAUCAAAAUGUAG